AUGCUUGGUAGCAACCGAGGGAGUCUUGGCCAAGAUAUAUCUCUUUCAAUUGACAUAUGUCUUCUGCCAGGACAUACUACAGCUCCUACGCAAGGAAGUCAGGUACAGCGACACAAAGCAAAGAGCCAAGAUCAGCAACGAAAGGCACCGGCCAACCAAUUCCCUCAAUCUCCUCAUUCACAUGUGCUUAAAUCAAGUUUUACGCGGGACCUGCAUACGCGUGGGCUGUCACUCACAUCUGUUGAACUGAACAUCACCAUCGCAUCAGGAUCUCGGUCUGCAAGGCCGAACCCUACCUACCAACCAUCACAGCUCGAUCAAGCCCACUUCUGCGGCGCGGGCCGCGAGGCAGUGAGCCCGCUUGCCUCGCUUCUACUAACAGCCGUUACUUUGUCGAUGCAGUCUACAAAAAAAUACGCUCUAUGCAUUAGCGGCGGGGCCAAUAUGCACGACAAACGAGUGGUCAAUGGUCAUCUGAGAAUCUUUGCUACUUUGCGUAUCUCGAUGAAGGACCGCAUCAUCGAACUUGUAACCGAGCUGCAGCAAUCGGCAUCAGGAUGUAGUAUGGGGACUUUCUUUGCUGUCCAAGACCUCACUCAAUUUUAUCAAAGCAUUGGCUAA